GUGGGUAAAUUAAUAUUCGAAAAUAUUCAAGUCAUAAUGCCGUCGGCCUUAAAGAGAUAAUGCGACUAAUUUAAGAAGCGCACAGGUGGCAGGUUUUGAAAUCGAUUUGUUUAUCUCUUUCAAAUUUCGUCGUAUUAUUUGAUAAACGGGUCGCGAAUGAUGUCAUACCAAACCAAGCUUAUUUUAAAUGUGACGUAGUUUUUCACGUAUUCGUAAGCCGUGUCACGGACUUGUUAGUUGUGUGCUGGAAAAACUAACCUUUUUACACGCGUUUUAGUGAUUUUUGAACAGAAAGGAUCAAGGAUAUGUCUUACUAUCAACACAAAACGGCAGGCUUUAACGCGCCGCCGCCUCUUAACAACCAGAUGCGACUCUACCACGUUGAUAUGAACCCUUACGGUCAUCGGGUGAUGUUAAUCCUCGAAGCUAAGAAGGCUAAAUACGAAGUGUAUCAGUUAGAUCCAUUGCACUUACCCGAAUGGUUCAGAGAAAAGAAUCCAAGACUGAAAAUUCCCGUUCUGGAGAUACCAACAGACCAAGGGGAUAAAUAUUUAUUCGAAAGCGUAGUUAUUUGUGACUACUUAGAUGAAAGGUUUCCGAGGAAUCCUCUCCAUUCCAAAGACCCUUACGUGAAGGCCCAGGAUCGGCUGCUUAUAGAAAGGUUUAACGAGUUAAUCAAAGGAAGUUUGGAAUGUUUUGACACCAACUUUGCAUUUGGCAGCGAACAAAUAAUCCAAACUUUAGACGUGUUUGAGAAAGAAUUAGCUACUAGAGGUACUAAUUACUUCGGCGGCAAUCGGCCUGGCAUGUUGGACUACAUGAUCUGGCCAUGGGUUGAGAGACUGUAUUUAUUACGUUGUGUGAACGAGCAAAAGUUUGACGAGAAACGACCAAUAUUUCCUAACUUUGCUGACUGGGGAGACCAAAUGCAACUAGAUGAAGUUGUUAAAAAGCAUUCUAGAUCACCGGCGGAAUAUUUUGAUUACUAUAGAAACGCGAGAGCACAUUCAAUGGGAUACUAUCUUUAGAUUAAUUAAACAGUCCCAUCAAGUUAUCUGUAAACAUAGACAACCACUGACAAAGAAAUCUAUGAAUAUUUAGGCAGUUUAAGCUACAACCAUAUAUAGAACCAAUGGGAUGCAAAAAUACACACGAUUCACUCUUCUUUUAGCAUCAUUUUGAGCACAAAUUACGUUGUAUACUUGUUUAAAUCAUUCAAAAAUAAAACAAGGUUCUUACUACGAUUAAGCUGUUAAAAUAUUAGGAGCUCAAACAGCUUAACCGUAGUAAGAAACCCAUUUCUUACGAAUGUAAUACAUUCAAAAAUAGUUUUUAGUUAUUAAUUUGCUAAAUAUUAGCGCCAGCCAAUCAGCUGCCAGUAUUUUCGAUAGUGGCGCUAUUUGACUAACUUGGUCAAAGACUAAAACUAAUUUAUAUAGUUAUAUCUAUACAUCUAUAGAUUAAGAAAGUAUGUGACAGUUUGAGAAACUGCAGCGAUUUUUGUGUGUUUAGUACCAGUUGUGUUUUUUAUAAAUUUUUAUCAAUUUCGAGAAUAGAUCUGUACCACGUAUAUCGUUUUCAAUGUCAAAACAAAUCUACAGCCAGUUGCAUAAAUAACUACUAUAAAGACUACAGAAGCUUGUAUACGCUUUUGGUGUCAAAAAUAUGUAACACGCAUCACAUGUUACUGAAGGAUAAGUGCAUUUAAAAAAAAUCGAAGGCGUACACAAGUGUCUUAAUUCUUUUAAAUUUAUUUAUACAGCUGACUGUACAAAAACUACUAACCUCUAUAAAUAGACAGGCUAUAAGCAUUGGUAAUUUGUGCCUGUUUGAUUUCCGCCAUUUUGGCGCUGCAGUUGGUGUCGUUGGAACGAACUAAUAAUAUUAACUGUCAGGAACAUCUCGAAGCGUUUUCCUAACGUCCUAUCCAUGUAUAGAGGUCAAAAACAAUUGCUAUUUUUCAAAGUUGAUGAUGUUUUGUUACAUGUGUUUUAACAAUGGAAACUCAUAUAAGUAAUUCUGAUCUUUUAUGAAUAUCUUUACAUUUGUAUCAUGUAUUAUUUAUUACAAAUAAUUAAGUGUUUAUUUUUUAUUUAAAUUAACGAAAAGUAUGUGAUCAUGUCAGAUUGUUUGUUUGUAAUUUUGCUUAGGAAAGUUAUUAAGACGUUUAAUUUACACAAUUUUAUAAACGAAAGGAACUCAAUAUCUUCGCAUUUAUAUCCCUUAUAUUUCAAAUGUCUUAUUGAUAUAUAACCUAUAAACUAAAGCACGAUAAUGUGAGGAAAAAGUUCUUCGUAGAAUUUUUGUUGACGUUAAAAAAUCGACUCACGAUUAGAAAUCAAAUUGAAACGAAACACUCCAUCUAUAUGUUAUCGUUCUUAUUAUUUCUUAAAAAAGCGAUUGACAAUUAUUUUAAUCAAAAAAUAUAACCUAAUUUUUGUCAAACAUUUAAAAUGCAUUUAACACGUCUAAAUAUUUUCGCAGAAUGUGUAAUGACUAACUUAAUAUAAAAAAAGUAAAAUAAUAGUAACCUUCAUUUAAUUUUAAGUAUAUAUUUCUACACUUUUUCUUAUAAUAAUAAUAUACUAUAUAAUCUAAGUGUAAUUAUCAUUAUUGGCUCUUCGUAUAACGGAAGAGAGUAGAUUUAAGAAAUUUAUUCAACAAUAGUACUUACGAUAUUUUUGGCUGUUUGUUUUUUGCUGUAAAUAUUAAUUUUCUUUAGUCAAUUACGGUUUUGAUUUUAUACUCAUGUAUACUUUAUGUAUGUUCGUGUAUAAAAGGCGCGAAAUAUUGGAUGACAGGAUGUUUUUUUUUUCUUCGUUGUAUUGGUGUUUAUGAAAUUGGCCAGUCGUAUACAAAUAAAGUUUUAAAGAAU